AUGACAACAAAUUCAAUAAAGAUAUUUGCUGGAAAUUCACACAUCGAGCUUGCCAAAUUUGUGGCGAGGAGGCUGGGCCUUGAACUUUCAAAGGUAGUAGUUUUAAAAUAUUCAAAUCAGGAAACCUCAGUUACUAUUGGUGAAUCGGUUCGUGAUGAAGACGUAUUUAUCAUUCAAUCUGGAUGUGGAGAAAUCAAUGAUAAUUUAAUGGAACUCUUAAUCAUGAUUAAUGCCUGUAAAUCGGCUUCAGCGAGGAGAAUUACUGCAGUAAUUCCAUGUUUUCCUUAUGCAAGACAAGAUAAAAAAGAUAAAUCAAGAGCACCGAUUACUGCCAAGCUAGUCGCAAAUAUGUUGACUGUCGCUGGAGCAAAUCAUGUUAUCACAUUGGACUUGCACGCGAGUCAAAUUCAAGGGUUUUUUAACGUUCCUGUAGAUAAUCUAUAUAGCGAACCUUCCAUGUUGAAAUAUAUCAAGGCUUCAAUUCCUGACUGGAAGAAUUCUGUUAUCGUUUCACCGGAUGCUGGCGGAGCAAAAAGAGCUACAUCAAUCGCUGAUCGAUUAAAUCUUGAUUUUGCUUUGAUCCAUAAAGAACGUAAGAAGGCUAAUGAAGUUUCCAACAUGGUGCUGGUAGGAGAUGUUAGUGGAAAGAUGGUCAUUCUUGUUGAUGACAUGGCGGACACGUGUGGAACGUUAGCUUAUGCGGCUAGUACACUUAAGGAAAAGGGUGCAUUGAAAGUAUACGCAAUAGUUGCGCACGGAAUCCUUUCUGGAAAGGCCAUUGAUGUUAUUAAUGAAUCAUGUUUGGAAAGAGUGGUGGUGACCAAUACUAUACCUCACGAAGAGAAAAAGAAAAUUUGUCCGAAAAUUGAUACUAUUGAUAUUUCUUCGACGUUAGCUGAAGCUAUCAGACGUACACACAAUGGAGAAAGUUUACAGGAGCAAAAUUACUUUUUAUGGCAUAAUAUUUUUUGA